AACAAACGAUUAUCGUGUUCAAAGCCUCCAACGACAAUUGAGACGUCGACAAAGAAGGGAAGUAGCCAGGGUAAAAAGAAAGCGAUAGGCAUUCCAGCUUCCGGCACUCCAAUCGCUUGCAGCUAUCAAUGGCGGGGUUAAGGUGGCCUCCGGAUGAUUCGGAUUUACCCCAACCGCGGGCACAGGCUCCGGCGGAUCUGAUCUCGGACGACGAUCGCUCGGUGGCUGCAGAUUCAUGGUCAAUAAAGAGUGAGUACGGGAGCACGCUUGACGACGAUCAACGCCACGUUGAUGCCGCUGAAGUCCUCUCCAGUGGAAACUUUCAAGCUGCUUCCGAUUACAGUUCAGAUAAGGAUGAGCCAGAUGUGAAUGAGGACGAGCCAUCAAUGCUUGGCUUACAAAGUUAUUGGGAUGCUUCUUAUGCAGAUGAUCUUGCAAAUUUUCAUGAACAUGGCCACGCUGGUGAAGUAUGGUUUGGAGCUGAAGUCAUGGACACUGUUGUGGCAUGGACCAAAAGCUUGUGUCUUAACUUGCCCCAAUAUCGGAUUGCAGUUGAUAACAAUGGUAAAUAUGCAUCAGAUGAUAUCUCUAAUCGUUUGUCUUGUUGGAGUGUAUUGGACAUUGGAACUGGGAAUGGUUUGCUUCUACAAGAGCUUGCAAAGAUUGGGUUUUCCGAUUUGACUGGAACUGAUUAUAGUGAAGGAGCAAUUGAACUUUCAAGGAACCUCGCAGUUCGCAAUGGAUUUUCACAUAUAAAAUUUUUGGUUGAUGAUGUACUGGAGACAAAAUUGGACAAAAAAUUUCAACUAGUCAUGGACAAGGGUACCUUGGAUGCCAUCGGUUUGCAUCCAGAUGGUCCAGUUAAGAGGCUCAUGUAUUGGGACUCGGUUGCCAAACUGGUAGCUCCUUCUGGAAUACUGGUGAUCACAUCAUGCAAUAACACAAAAGAUGAUCUGUUGCAAGAGAUGGAAAGUUUUAAUGGAAAAAGGCUCGGCUCCAAUGACCAGGUACUUGGGGAAGCCAGCUGGGGCUCUUUGUUCAAGUACAUUGAUCAUGUCAGAACAUAUCCGUCUAUCAUGUUCGCUGGCGUGGAAGGUACUCGCGUGUCCACUGUUGCUUUUCUUAGGAAAUGAGCCUGAACUAUGAAACUAUCUUUGCUUCGUUAAUAUCUUGUGUAUAUAGCUCAAAAUUGAUAAAAAUUGGACUAAAUUUGAAGAUAGUAGUUGUAACUUAAUGUCUGUUUUUACCCUGCUUCUUUAGUUAGAAUUUGAACGUUUCCAGAUUGUCUUAUAUUGAGAAAGCUAAUGUGUUUCUGAAUUUAGUUGUGA